AUGCCCAAAGGCCCAGUGAUCGUUAUAACGGGCACGCCUGGCACCGGCAAGUCCACCCACGCUGAGCUCCUCGCCGACGAGUCCCCCGUCCCCCUCAAGCACAUCAACGUCAGCGAAUACGUCAAGGAGCGCGGUUUCUACGAGGCAUACGACGAGGAAUGGCACACAUACACCGUAGAUGAAGAUCGACUGCUCGAUGAUCUCGAAGCCGUUGUGGCACCGGGCGGGGUAAUCCUAGAUUGGCACACUUGUGAAGCCUUUCCCGAACGCUGGGCGGAUUUAGUUGUGGUCUUAACUUGUGACCACUCAAAAUUGUGGAAUCGGCUUGAAGCCAGGGGUUAUUCCUUGAAGAAGAUUCAGGAAAAUAACGAGGCCGAAAUCAUGCAGGUUGUUCUCGAGGAAGCGCGGUCCUCGUAUCCGGCAGAAAUAGUCGUCGAACUGCAGAGCGAAUCAUUGGAGCAACUAGAGGCAAAUGUUGCCAGAAUUGUAGAAUGGAUUAUACAAUGGACGAAAAAUCAGGAAAGUAAUUAA